AUGGUUCCCGAGUGCUUGGUUAACCGUGACGGCUUGAUGAUGCAGGCGACAAAGGAGACCCGUGUGGUCAGUGUUGAUGGUGACGGAAACCGUGGCGAACCUCAAUACGAGUUUUCCGAGACACAAAAGUGGUGUAAGAUCAAUAGCAAGAGAAUACGCUUCAUCGACGAGACAACAGAUAUCAACAGCAUUCACAACGACGACUACGAUUCAGACGAGGACAUCGUUUCUGAAGAAGAACCAGCAUUGCCAAGUCCACCGAAAGCGAACCAGCGACGAAGGAGGGAAAGUUCAAACAGAGUUGCCUGGGCACCCUUCAGCGAUGUUAGGAAUUCAAACCUCAAUCCUUCAGGGCCUGAAGAGGGUAGUCCUCUUCCCAUCGAGCGAGACAUUCCAUAUCCCUUGACCAAGCUUCCCGCUCUUCACCCGCAUGCUCCAUACGACAGUCCAGAUUCUGCAGGACAGGCCUCUUUGGAUGAUCUGCCUCGUACGGUCUCUCCGGUGCCACGAAGCCAGCUGUCUGGGCCCAUCGGAUCCAUCAGUUCCAUCGGUAGCAAUAGUGUGAGCGAGGACCCAAGUCUUCCCGAACCUCAACGAUCCUUCCAUUCAUCCAACUUUCCGCUCAAAGAUCACCGAGAGGCGAACUUGGUACGAUACUUUCUCGAAUUCAUCGCGCCCCCCUUCGACUAUGGAGAUCCACACCAUCGGUUCACGACCGUGCUGCCACAGCAUGCUGCCAUCAGUCCGUUGCUGCUGAACGCCAUUCUAGCGAUCGCGGCGAAGUCAAGAGAUGAGGAAGAGACGCUGGCAUUCUUCGACAAACCAGCCGAGCACUAUUAUGCGGUAGCUUUGAACUUGCUGAGCCCGGUGUUGAUCGAUCACAGCGCGGAGGUAGACGACCUGCACGUAACUGCGGCGGUUCUCCUCCGACUCUACAACAGCAUAAGCGAACUUGACCUGGCCUCUCUCGACAAACCUUUGGUAGAUCAUAGCACAAUCUGGGAGUUUCUCACGUCGCGCGCCAACUUCACCACGAAGGGUAGUCUCUCAGAAGCGGCAUUCUCAGGUUGGCUGCGGCUUGAGAUCUGGCGCUCAGUGAUGCAACAAGAAACCCUCGAGUUCCGGUUGGACCAUCUUGACCUUGACCGCUCCCUCCAGCCUGCAGACGACGAGACAUGGGCUUGGAGAAUGAUCUUACACACAAUUGAUAUCAUCGGGUACUGCUUCGGCGACGAAACGAACUCUGCAGUAUACGAGAAGCUCUCAAACUACGCAGCUCAGUGGAUGAAAGCAGCCCCAGAAACUUUCCUCCCCAUAUUUGUUGAGAACCCUCCUAACGAGGGCGUCUUCCCUGAGAUACUCCUCAUCAAUGACUCUGUUGUCGUCGGGCUGCAGUUCUACCACCUCAAUCGGAUACUGUUGACAGCACACAACCCGAACGUGCCACGGCUGGGAAAGAACCUCAAGUUGGCGGCUCAGACACUAGACGUUGGUUUUCUCUCUUUCAUCACGUACCCCGACAUCGGCAUGCUAAACUUUGGUGCCCUUGUCCAGAACGAAAUCAUCAACGACAUCAAAAUCAUGUGCGGCAUUGCAGAGUCACAUGGGAGAAGCACGCCGGCGCACAUAAUUGCGUGUAUGGGUAUCGCCCUGGCCGGCGACAGAUUCAGAUCGUACCCCGAACAAGAAGCGCUGUGCCAGGUGUUCUCCUCGACGGCGGAGGCCUAUGCCUGGGACACCGCUCUCAUGUAA